UUCCGGUGGCUUCUGCAGCCUGUUUGUACUGUAGAAGGUAUCACACCUGGCCAAUUUCUACGGAGACUUGACAUUUAUCGUUUCCUUUAAACGUGAGCCCAGAGUGACCUCUGGGAGGUUCUGCGCUUUUGCAUGUACCGGCCGGACCAACCCGCUCAGAGGCCACGGGUGCCGUUUGGUUCUCCACCGCCCCUCGGUCUGCAUGUCAGACCCCCGGUGGCCUGUCCCCGCCUCAUCCUGGACACGGUGGACCGUUUUCGGAUAACCGUUUUCUGUUCAGCAGGCCGCCAGCAAGCCACUUCCUCAGUCCCCAUUGUAGCAACUUCCCUAUAGACCAUAGUAUAGUGGGAGGCAACCAGCAGCUUGUUCCUUCGGCAGAACUGCAACGUCAUCAGGCCCCACCGUGGAAUCCUUUAAUUGUGAAACGCCACCCUCAAGACAACAGUGAUCGGGCUGGAGAGGAAUUUCUGAGAUGCCUUGCGGCCAACAAACCUCUACCUGACUAUCUCAAAGGGAAUAUGACAUACAAUUUGUUUGAUGCAUUGAAGUCUGCGAAAGACCUGAAAGAAGCAGUCAAAGCAGAUCCACAGUUCCAGAAGCAUGUUGGCAGGAACAAGAGUCGAAGCAGAAGCAGAAGUCGGGGCAGAAGUCGAGGGAGGUCUCGGGCCAAAAGCCGACCAAGAAGCAAAAGCAGAGGAAGAAGCAGAAGUAAAGGAAGAAGCAAAAGCUGUGUGCGUGGAAAGAGUCGAGCUAGAAGCAAAAGUAGGGCUCGCAGUCGGAGCCGAAGUCAGAGCAAAAAGAGUCACAAACGAAGUAAGAGCAAAGUCAGGUCUAAGUCCCGUAGUGCCAGUAUUGAAAAAAAGAGGAAGAGGAGCCCUGUGCAUAGCAGCAACAGCAGCAGUAACAAUUUGACAGGAAAUAGUUUGUUAGAAGGACUGAAGAUGGUCAUGAAGAGCAAAGAUUUGGAAGAACGGUUACCAGCACUCAAAGAUGCAAUCCUUGGUAUUCAGGUCUCUGAUGAAACCAAAAAGCUAGAAAGUGCUGCUGCUAAGUACAGGAUUGAGAAGCGGAACAGUCUGGACAUGAUGACAUCGAUGGAAAGCGACAGCAUGUUGCUUCCUCAUGAGAGAGUUGGCAGUGACUUUUCUUGGCUCAAUGAUAACGGUCAGGAGAACCUGUCCGGUCAGAAGGCCGGUGAGCUGGAAGAUGAGUCUUUCUUGUACGGGACUGAACCACCUCAGAAUGGAGGCCAUGUCAAAGUGGACAAAAACAGUUUUCCUGGUGUUGGAGGUCACCAGAACACGUCCCUGUUCAGUGGGCUCAAUAAAUUGGUUGAUCCAAAAUCCCCCCAACAGAUAUCCGUAUCGACUUUUUCCUCCGUCAGUCUUGAUAGCAUAGAAUGUGAGAAAAUCAAGAAUAUAUUAAACAGCCUGGGUGGAAAAUCAGAUAUUGGCAAAAUGCUGAUGAAGACUCAAGGCCAAAAGGAGGGCAGUGACAUGCCUGGUACACUGUUCAGUUCUGACACAACAGCAGAGACGCUGAGUAACCCAAAUGUUCGGAAAGCUCUGGAGUCUCUGCAGUCUCUGAUUAAAGGUUAG